AAGCUCUCUUGGGAAGUUUAGCUUAGCUAGAAAAAGGGAGUGAGUAGAGAGUUUUGAGGCAGAAGGUGGAGUGAAAAUAACCCAUGGGGAGGCCUCCUUGCUGUGACAAAGUUGGCAUCAAGAAGGGUCCAUGGACACCUGAAGAGGAUAUCAUCCUUGUCUCUUACAUCCAAGAACAUGGUCCAGGAAAUUGGAGAUCAGUGCCUACUAAUACUGGGUUGUCAAGGUGCAGCAAAAGUUGCAGGCUUAGAUGGACAAAUUACCUCAGGCCAGGAAUCAAGAGAGGAAACUUCACUCCCCAUGAGGAAGGAAUGAUAAUUCAUUUGCAGGCUCUACUGGGUAACAAAUGGGCAGCCAUAGCUUCCUACCUUCCACAAAGAACAGACAAUGAUAUAAAGAAUUAUUGGAACACACAUCUAAAGAAGAAGCUGAAGAAAUUUCAAGCAGCCAUGGAGCCCCACUCAGUAUCAGACUCAACAACCAGUGGUCAAUAUUUACCAAAGAGCUUUAAUGACAGAAGAAAUUUAGAUAUCAGCAACAACAUUAAUCAUGCCUCAUCCGUUAGGCUUAGUCAGUCUCAGUCCUCCACAUAUGCCUCAAGCACUGAAAACAUUUCAAGGCUCUUAGAAGGUUGGAUGAGAUCUUCUCCAAAGCCACUGAAGAGAACCCAAGAUGAAGAGCUUCAAAGCAAUGAUGAUAACUUUGGAAACAGUAAUAAGGUAGUGAAGUCAACAUCAGUGCCUGCUUUGAACCUUCAGCGUCAGCACAAAAGAACCAAAGAUGAGCAAGAGGGUGGAGGAGAUAUAGUGUCUCAUGACGAGUUUGAUUCUAUUCUUUCAUUUGAGAACCUAAACAAUGCUGCUUGGGAUAAGUCCACUUGUGAUUCUAUGCCUGAAAAGAGUUCUGAACCUGCUCAUGAUCAUGAUAUAGCUGCUGAGAGGAAUAGGCAAAAAUCUGAGAACAAUAGUGCUCCUCCAUUGUCAUUUCUUGAGAAGUGGCUCUUGGAUGAAAACGUUGGUCAAGUUGAGGAGAUGAUGGAGUUAUCUCCUAUCUUCUAACAUGGAAAUCGCCAAUCCCUAUAAAUUUGGGAUGUGACAUUCAUAUCAUAUGAAAAGCCAGAGGGAAAGAAGAGAAAUGAAACUCUCUUUUCAUUUGACUAGGGUUUAAUCCUUUACAUGGGUUGAGGUUCUGUGAAGCUGGGAUCUCUAAUCUCUUUCAACUUGUAACUUGGAAGUUUAUGAAUAUGGUUUAAUUAUUUCAAGUACUAUGCUUAGUGCAUGUUGCUCUUUGUCUUGUAGAAAACUACAAAUGUUAACUUGAGUCCAAAUAAUAAUAAUACAAUAACAAUUAUAUC